GUCGGUACCACGUCGGAACCUACUGCAGACCAACACCUCCGGACAUGCGUCCACACAGCACAACCUCGCAGCAGGAAGGUCGGUACCUUGUCGGAACCUACAGUUGGCGACGGCAGACAAGCCCCACCAAAGUCCAAGGGGACCCCCCUUCGCUGCUGUCGGUGGGCAGUGCUCUGAGGACGCCACUUCGACAGGAACUGGCGCCGGAAAAUACAGCCACCAUCUGCGCCCAACUCCUGCAGCCGCCCAUCCCAGACCUGCCAGUGCCGCAGAUCACGCUCACCCCUCCAGGUUGCGAAAAAAUCACAGUGCUUGAUGCGAUCGCCACAGAGUGCCCAGCGCUGGCUCCGGUUCUUAAUUUUGCGGUUGCACAAGAUGCUGUAUUUCUCCUGGAUUCGGCCGGGCGUAUAUGGGAUGUGCUCCCCCUACAACUUGACACCCUGCAAUGGUUGAGCCUGCAGCUGGAUGUGACCGGCAUGCCAAACCUGCAUAGCAGCCUCCUUCUGGGAGGCAUGUUUGGCUCCGAACCCACCACCCUGACUUCCACUGCAGCAGUGGCCUCAAGCUCCGCCAGCGCGCCUCCGACGGUUACUUUCAUCUUAGUGGGAGGGGGUACGCUCAUUCGUCUGGCGCCACAACCAUGGAUGCAUGCCAGUGUUCUGGACUCUCUUACGGAGCUCCUCUUUGUUCUGGCGCUGCAAGGCCGGAUGCCGCAAAGACCACUGCUACAGAUCUCAGCGGCAUCACCACGGGUGCCCGCGAGGCUCAACACGUACUUCAUAUGCUUUCUCAUCUACCCUGAGGGGCCGGACAUUCAUGUGCUCGAAGACUUCUCAGUCGACGGGUCGCUUUUGCAGGGUUUCUCAGUCGACGCAGGCACCCGCCCGGUCCACCUUCUGUCUGAGGCGCAUGCGAGACGCGGCUUCGCCGCAUAUAUUAACGGCCUUGCCCACACAGCAGCGAAUCGCGAACUGGCGACAGGAGAUCUUAUCCAGAUUCGGCAAGGGGAUUACUUUGCAGAGGUUGAAACUCCCAGCCGACUGUAUGAGCUUCUCCCGCAACUUCGCUACUUCGCACUACCCGUUCCUGUGCCUCAUAUGCAAGCCCUGGCCGCUGACCCGCUCUCUGCAACCCUGCAGGUCCGCAGCAAAGAAGCCUUGAAGAGGACUCUGCAACUCCGCAUUGAUGAUAGGCAGCGCCACUUUGGCACCUUCGCUCGUGGCAACCAGCCAAUCGUGGUCCUUGGCCCUGGACAUCCAGCCCUGUCCUUGUAUAUGGACCAACCACUCACCCCAGGCUUUGACGAGGCGGUCGAGUUCCUGCAGAACGGUGAAUACCUUCCUGCCGGCACCACCUUCCGCGACCCGUUGGUCUUGGAGUGGACAACACCUGUCUUCAUCUCGGUCCCGCCUGGAUCGACACGGCGCACCUUGCUUUACCCCUCGCCACACUCACCACAUUUCCUGCAAGUCAGCGUUCCGCCCAACCUACCGUUGGCCGGACUACCCUUGCCAGUGCGACGAGGUAAACGGGCAGUGUUUCCCCCCGACACGGAAAGUGAGCAUGUCAUCGAGGAGAAACCUCUCCCACAAGACAGGCGUGUGUCUGCAGACACGAAUUCCGGCACUUCGCUCCUUCAAAUUUCUGCGGAACUCAGACACGUGCACAUCCCGACGCCUUUAGGGCGGCGCGCUAUCCAGGAGCCGAUGCAUAAAGCCGCCAUAAAGCCUGCAGAUAAGACCACGAUUGAGCUAGCGCGCACAGUGCCCAAACCGGAGGCCGGUGCAGCCUGGGGCGUGAACGGCGACAUUGCUGCCGAAGCUUUCUCGGCACAUUUGAUGCCGCUCCCUGAUCUUGUUCUGCGCGCUCGCGGACUACUGCCCUCCGCGCGUCACACCUGGAACUUGCUGAGCCCACCUUGCUCUGCUGAGCACCUCGAUGCAGUGCUGGUCUACACUGAUGGGUCGUACGACCCCAAGGCGCGCCGCGCCAGCUGGUCUCUUGUGGCCGUCGUCACCUUUGCGGUUGACUGCCAGGCAGCUCUGGAUGUUGCCUUCGGGCGUGCACAAGCCGCCGCCGAUGACCCCAUUGGCCUCGCUGUGCAAAGCCUCCUCUUCUUCGCCCGAACCAAGGGCCUACAGGUCAAGCCCUGGAAGGUAGAAGCCCACUCAGGUGUACCACUGAAUGAGGCAGCAGAUGCCGUUGCAAAAACGGCCAAUGGGUGUUGGAUCGCAGACGGCUUCAAGUUCAAUGAUUCCGUGCUCCGAAGUGGCAUUGAUGACGGCACCGUCCACCGACUCUGGCUGACCUCAGGCACGGGAAAGCUCUCUGUACAACUACCACCCUUGGAUCACAGUGGCUGUUGGAACCUGCCCUCCUGUCAGCUAAGGCCCACAACUGAGGCAGCCACAUCGUCAAUCCGCAGUGCAGCCUUAGCGCCCAAAACAUGGAGGCUGGCUUUCAGCGCAAUUACUUACAACUGCCUCUCUGCCAGGAGUCGACCUGCCAGGGCUCUUCUCGAUGCAGGUUUGCAAGCAAGCCAGUGCGCCAUUGCGGGGCUGCAAGAAGCCCGUGAUCCCAACACUGGCAUCUCAGCAUCCGAUCACUACUGGAUUGCUACCUCGGGAUGUGACGCUCAAGGCAGCUACGGUUGUCAGCUCUGGAUCUCUAAGACCAGAGCAUGGGGCCACUCUUCUGACAUGGCCCUUAAACCCGUGCGGGACAGCUUCAGCCUCUUCCAUGCAGAACCCAGGCUGCUUGUCUUGUUGCUUCGAGUCGGCCGCGUCAAAUUCGCCUGUGUGUCGGCCCAUGCCCCCACCACUGCUGCAGGAGCCGAUGCAAGCAAAAGAUGGUGGGCGCAUAUGCGUGCGACCUGCAACCGUAUUCCGCCAGGCCACACACUCCUACUUAUGGUUGAUGCCAACGCGGCGUACGACCGAUGCGGGAGCAACGGCGACACCUUGGCAUCUGUUCCCAAUAGCGAGAAUGCCAAGCAGCUGCAACAGUUUUGCGACGCAGCGUCACUCCAGCCCACAGCACAAGUUGACCGGCUCGGACAACGCCUGGUCUCCUGGACCAGUCCUGACGGGCAGACACAUAAGCUGCUGGACUAUGUUUGCGUCCCUGCUGCUUGGCGAUCCAGGCUCAGUACGGCUCCUAACUUUUGUCUGGGAGACUUGCGUGAGGGAUACGACCACUCCCCCAUCAUGGGCUCGGUUGCCGCCACAGUCUGCGCACCUUGUCCCGAUCCAAGGCCUCGCAACCCCGUGCUGUCGGACUUGUCCCUGCGCCUGAUUCUUACACGGAGACAAGUCCGGACGGUCAACCAGCGAUUGACAAAGACCUAUGCCCGAGGCCUGCUUUUCCAAUGCUUUGCUGCCUGGUCCGGCCAUGGUGAGCAGGCCCGGUCGCAGGCCGGCCGACUGGACCGCCUCUCUUGCCGUUUGGCCCGCGCUGGUUUCGCCCUUUCGGCAUUGCACAAAGGCAUCGGCGAGAGCUUUCGGGCCGAUAAAGCCCAGUUCACCAGACGAGCCAUGGAAACAGCCAGGGGAAAGGGCGCCGCAGAGUUUGCGUACUCCAUCCGGGCGAUCUUGCGGACGGGGCGACGCUUCCGGGCGCCACAACUCCUACAUCAGAUCUCGGACGGCGCCUCGACCGCGGCCUGUGAAGAGGAGAUCUUGGCAUUACUGGGCGAGCACUUUGCAAAGCCCGAAAGAGCCCGCCAGAUCACGGGGGGUGAGCUCGCAGAACUUUUCAACGAGGUGCAGCCCCCCACAUGCAAGGUUGACAUGACAAGCUUACCAUCUGUGGCCGAGAUUGCAUCUGCCACACUGGCCCUGAAGAAGGGAAAAGCUCCGGGUGUGUCAGGUGUGCCCGCUGAGUUGUUUCAAGCUGAUGCCAUGGCAACCGCCGAAUUGCUGUUCCCGAUCCUGGCCAAAAGUGUCGUGCGUUGCAGUGGACCGUUGCAACACAACGGGGGCCUUGCACGGGCCAUCCCUAAAAGUAAACAGCAAGCCGGCACCCCUGCAGGCUGGCGCUCAAUCUUGUUGCUGGAGCCCACUGGCAAAAUCCUCCAGAAGGCCUACCGGACUCAGCUAGUCCUGGCUCUUGAGCAGCACAAGUCCAAGAACCAGUUCGGUGGCCUGCCCCGCCGACGCCUAGAAGAUGCCAGUGUCAUGGUCAGAGCCCACUUCGCAAGGCUCAAGGCAUGCCGGCAAACCGGAGGGGCGCUUUUCAUCGACAGCAGGGCUGCCUACUACUCCCUGGUCCGGGACUCCUUGGUUCGGUCGCAGACCCUACAGACAGAAGACCAACUGUACCAAAGGGCGCGAGCCUUGUUUCCCUUCCGUGACGAUCAAGAACACUAUGUGCGGCAUAUGCAAGCUGGGGGUCUCAUAUCAGCUUUGCAGCUACCUGAGCCCCUGGUCCGCUAUCUUGAAUCACAGUUGGGUACCACAUGGUUCUCCAUGGAAGCCCCCUCCCAGGCCCCGUAUGUCUCUGGAAGCGGCACUGCACCAGGAUCACCGAUAGCCGACUUGCUGUUCUCCUUCGUUUAUGCCCGAUUUUUACAGCAUGUGGAAGAGAUCCUGAUGGCAGAGGGGCACUAUGUGGCGAUCUGCUCCACUGCCGAUGCGUCGAUCAUGCCCACAUGGGCUGACGACACAGCCGUGCUCGUCGGGCCCGUUGCACCACCAUUGCUUGCCGCCUCACUGCAACGUGUGACGGACCUUGUCACCCGCGGUUUGAGCCGGGCUGGACUGGAUCCAAACUUCGGCCCAGGCAAGACGGAGGCUGUGAUACACUUCGAAGGACCUGGCAGCCGGGACACCCGACGACAGCUGCUAUGCCUUGCCGCACCGGGGGUGCAAUUCGAAUCACACCUCCACGGCACCCAACACCUUCGCUUGGUGCCGACCUACGUGCACUUGGGCACCGUGGUGUCCCACAACCUGUCUGAGGAGCCCAACUUGCAGCACCGGGCGCAUCUUCUCAAACAGCUCUUUCAGCCCCUGCGCCGGCGGCUCCUCUACAACGAGGACUUGACAAAGCAGGAGAAGGUGCGGCUCUUGGAAGAGCGAGUCUUUCCCAAGUUCCUCUUCGGGGCAGGCUUCUGGACGCCCCGCAACACCAGAGAGCACGAUAUGACCCUCGACCCGCUACGGUGUGCCAUGCGCCAGGCGUUUCGGCCCAUCACGGGUGUAUCGUCCACUGGCUUCAGCAAUCAGGAAGUGGCGGCAGCUCUGGGUCUGCCCACUGUCGAGGACUGCCUGGCCCAAGCGAGGGCCACUACGCUCUUGCACCUGCUGAAGACCGGCUCCCGCGAGGUCUGGCAAGGGCUACUUGCUGAUGGACUUUGGUACCAGCUCUCCUGGGAAGCACUCCGCAGGGUUUCAGGUGAGGCUUGGCCGGUUGCACUUUGCACCACCACUCCGCCUCCUCCGGAGCAACUUUUGUCGUGUCUGCCCAACCACUGCGACAAACUCUGCCGGAACUACCUGCGGACAUGCAAGCACAACCAUGCCAGCGUUGUCCUCCAGCCCCGCUGUGCAGACGCCAGCGAAAUGCCAGCUAUCAUCCAAACGAUUCACCCGGGUUUGACCUACACAUGUGGUGCCUGUGGCUUGUCGUUUCUGGACGCCCGACGCUUGGCGGUUCACAAGGCGCGCAAGCAUCAGCAGCGUGCCAUCGGACCACGUCUAGCUUGGGGCACACGUUGCGAGCGCUGCGGCACUGAGUUUUGGAACACCAGUCGCCUUGCCCAGCAUUUACAACACUCUGCUACUUGUCAGAGUGUGUACGACCAUGCGGACAUGCAGCCUGCUUGCGUAGAGACCCCUAGCAAGGUUCCACUGGCAUGGCAGCCGGCCGUAAGAACGGCAGGCCCCAUGCCCUUCUGGGCACAUCUUACUCCAGGAUGA